AUGGAUUCUAGGAAGACUGACAUCUGUGACGACAAGUACAACGAAGACAGCAUUGAGAACAGUGAGAGCGAUGGCAGCACCGGCAACAAUGUCAUCCUUUCGACGCCAAAGGAGGGCAGAUUAUGGUUCCUGAACAAGCUCGCACGCCAGCUGCCGCUGUCCAGUAGAACUGCAGUUGACACAAAGUACAGAACGUGGCAACGCAAUGAAGGCGAGGGCUUUUGGGCAUGUCUGACGACAGACUACCGAAUCGAUAUCUCAACAACAAAGACUGUUGAGGACCUUGUGGAUAGAGGCCAGUUCUUCACAAGCAGGCUUCUUCGGUCGCGUCCUCGAGAUGAUCCCAAAAAUGACGAAUCAUCUGGUCAUACCGCCGCCAGAAACGCCUCACUGUCGUCGUCGUUACUUUUAAUAUCGUCGGUCAGCGGCAUUAUCGAGUUCCAAAAAGCGGAAGCUGCCGACCAUGGAUGGAGGCUCGUUACUGUGGAGGAGGAGGCACAAGCGUUUUUCAGCGCUGCUGGAUCGUUGCAGGACAUUCUAUUCAGCAGCCUUCAAGACGGCCGUUCUUUGCCGGGAUGGGCGAAGGAUCGUCCUUUGUAUCAGUUCAAGUUGCGGCUGCGAGAGGAGUGGGGGUCUCGGGUGACAGAACUCUACGAGUCUGCAAAGCGCAAGACUCUCCUGGAUCAUACGCAUGUGGACGAGAUCGCGCUGCUGUCUGGCAUAGUCCACUUCAACAAAAGACAUGUUGGAUUCUCGGAGCAGGAGAUCAAGACGAUAACGGCCAGUGUUCUGGAGAUGUUUUACAGUCAGGAGAUGAAGGAAGAGGACAUUCAGCGGGCUCAAGAUGCAGUCCUUCUUUGGGCGAGCUGGGUGCAGAAAUGGAAAACUCUCCUGGUGAACGAGAAGGUCGCGGCGCAGAGAGAGAAUCGGGACCCAGUGGAGGCGAUUGACACAGAGCCAGUUGUGGAGGCGAUAUUUUCGUCGUAUGCAGAGUGCAAGGACAAGAAGAUCACACCGAUUUUCUAUAUUGCGCUGCAUGUAUUCCGUCAAUACAACAGUUGGGCUACACUUGUGUCCGAAUCGGAUUGCCUGAUGGGAGUGGUUGGUCCCAUCUUGAAGGAAGUCAUGGCCGUCCAGCACGAGAUCAAGUUUACAUGUGCUAAUGCAUGCACGUCGGUGGGCAAAACUAGGGAGGCGCAGCUUCAGCAGGAUGGACAAUCGCGGCAGCCGGAUGUUAUAGGCCUGACGGAGGCAAAGGAAGAAAUUUUCUAUGGCGAACUCAAGGGACCGACCCCAAAGACAGCGGCCGUCAACACCGAUGUCCUUCGACUUGCAGUCUUUUCCAAAGAUUCUCUUGAUCAAGUGCAUAAUGUUGUGGUAGAAGGACCUCCACUGUUGACUUUUCAGACAGUGGGUCGUGAUGUCAUGUUCUUUUUGGCGGCUAAGGUGGACAACACUGUUGUUCACUUGCAAUUAUCGACGGUUAAGCUGCCAGCGCAUUUGCAGGAUAUGGACUUGGAGUAUGAGUUCUUUUUUAAUUUAUUCCAAGUCCAAACCUUGAUCAAAGUUGCGCGGGAUCGUCUUGGACAAAGGAGAGAGGUGCCAAGACAAGACGUUUUCUUCCCUACUCUUGGGACGCCAGAUAGGAAGGCUGCCAUGAAGAACUCUAUCUCCACGAGGAAAUAA